CUUCCGUCCCUCCGCUCCGCAGGAACAGGAGGUGGUUACUCCCAGCUCCGUGUUUCGAUUUUUAAUCUGAGUUUUUAAACUUUUAACAUUCGGCUUUGGCGCAUUUUACCGACAGGAGACGCGUUCGUGUGGACGUGGAGUUCUGACCCGUGGACCGUCCCAGGUGCGUUGGCCCCUCCCUCCUCCAGUUCUGACCCGUGGACCGUCCUAGGUGCGUCGGCCCCUCCCUCCUCCGGUUCUGACCCGUGGACCGUCCCAGGUGUGUCGGCCCCUCCCUUCUCCGGUUUUGAGCCGUGGACCGUCCCAGGGGGUGGACAUGGGGAACAGUGCCCUGAAGUCCCACCUGGAGACGUCCCAGAAGACCGGGGUGUUCCAGCUGAUGGGGAAAGGCCUUCAGGAGUUUCCAGAGGAGCUCCAGAGGCUGACAUCCAACCUUCGAACCGUCGAUCUGUCCAAUAACAGGAUCGAAGUACUUCCUGUUUCCAUUGGGAACUUCCUGCAGCUGAAGAGUCUGACGCUCAACGGCAACAAACUGACGUCUGUCCCUGCCGACAUCGGGAAACUGAAGAAACUGGAGACUCUGAGUCUGAAUGGGAACCGGAUCCAGGUCCUGCCCCCAACCCUGAACCAGCUCAAGGCCCUGCGGACCCUCAGCCUGGCUGGGAACCAGAUCCAGGAGUUCCCCCCUGGACUGGGAGCCCUGAGACACCUGGACCUGCUGGACCUGUCCCGGAACCACAUCCAGAGCGUCCCCGCCGAGGUGGCCGAGCUGCAGGCCAUCGAGAUCAACCUCAACCAGAACCAGAUCUCCUCGCUGUCCGUGGGUGUGUCCCGCUGUCCCCGUCUGAAGGUCCUGCGUCUGGAGGAGAACUGCCUGGAGCUGGCGUCCGUCCCUGUGUCCAUCCUCGCCGACUCCCAGGUGUCUCUGUUCUCCGUGGAGGGAAACCUGUUCGAGGUCAAGAAGCUCCGUGACCUGGAAGGAUACGACAAGUACAUGGAGCGAUUCACAGCCACCAAAAGAAGUUCACCUGAGGACGCUACAAUGAUCUGCAGCUAAGAGUGCUGCCGCGAGGAGGCGGGGUCAGCCUAGACUCCGCCCACCACUGCCGACAGAUGGACAUUUAAGCCCCGCCCUUCCUUCCCCUCCCCAUCCCUCAGCGAAGGGACCAGACGCCAUUAACAAGGAAGAAUGUAA